AUGGCCGAGCCGGAGCGCCGUCGAAGGCGACCCACAACCAACUGUGCCCGGUCCAGGACAAAAGAGCCAUGUGUCUACGAUCAGGAGCCACAGCCAGCACGACCUGGACCACGAUCAAUCCAGCCUGACCUUCGUCGUGCUCCUGGGCAAGUGCCCAGAGUGGCGGCGUCGGCCACUCCAACAUGCCCGGAUUCAUCAGCUACUACUGCAGCAGAGCCCGCCUCUCCCGCGACUGAUGCUGCCCAAAUUCCGGCUCGUAACCUCGACUUGAUGCAGAGCAGGAUUGAACAGCUGGAGCAGCAGCUGUAUAAGGCUACGUCGAGGCCUACACCCGCCGCGCAAAUUAAAACUCCUGCCUCCGAGAUCGAGACAACAUCAUCCAAAUUCGCAGGCACAUUCCAUGUGCACCGAACCAGCAGCUUGUUCGGCCGCUCUGAGUUGAUUGCUAUUCCCGUGACCAAAAACUUUGUCGCCAUAAUCGAGCCGUAUCUCCGGGAAGGCAAGCCCAAAGUGUUGGACAUCGUAGACAAAUGCAAGACUCUCGCACGGAUCAUCAAGAGCCAACGAGCACCUCCAUGGCCCACGCCACCAACCACGGAUCUGCCUCCAAGGCAUCUUGCUGAUAUUCUUGUUAACCGAUAUCUCGAGACUAUUGAGACGGUGUACAGGGUUUUGCACAUUCCGUCGUUCAAGAGAGACUAUGAAGCUAUCUGGACCAACCCAAGCACCAAGCCCGAGACUCACUUCAUCGUCCAACUCAAGCUCGUUCUCGCUCUGGGCGCUGUCACCUACGACCAGAAUUUCUCUUUGCGACCUGAAGCAACAAGAUGGAUCUAUGAAGCCCAGACCUACCUCUCCGAGCCUAUUUUUAAACCUCGUCUCAGAAUCCAGGUCGUUCAGACCCGUAUUCUCCUCCUACUCGCCAUGGAGAAUGUCGAUGUCAGCGGCGACAGCGUCUGGAUCGCGGCAGGCUCGCUCAUACGGACAGUCGUAACAAUGGGUCUUCACCGUGACCCAAGCCGUCUUCCCGAGAUGACACCGUUUGCUGCAGAGAUGAGGCGGCGGCUGUGGAACACCAUCCUGGAGAUAUCCCUGCAGGCAAGCAUCUCCAAGGGUGGACCACCGCUGCUUUCAACCGACGACUUCGAUGCAGAGGCACCAAGGAAUAUCGACGACGAGGCGCUUACGGCUGGGCUCAACCAGGUACCCAUCGACAACAACGGUCCAACUUCUGUGUCGGUCGCAAGAGCAUUGCGGGCUACAUACCCUGUGAGACUAAAGGUCGCCAAAUUCCUGAACGACCUCAACAUAACAGGCCCGACAUACGAGGAAACGCUGCAGCUCGAUGCCGAAGUCAGGGAAGCGUUCAAAGAGUUUCGCCGCAGUCUCCAUCCGCUCCGAAACCAGCCAUCGAUGAAAUUCGCAAUCGACGCCUCCGAGUUCAUCAUGAACCGGUACCUCUCCUCGCUGCACAUGCCCUACUUCGCAGCGUCGCUCCGCUCCCCAGCCUACGCGUUUUCGCGACAGGUCGUGGUCGACGUUCUUCUCAAGAUCUGGUGCGCGGCCUGGCCAACCUCGUCCAUCGCCAGCCCGACAAUCUCGGCACCGACUUCCAACCCAACGCCACCAACAGGCCGGUCAGAAACUAGCGAGGACCUCCUCGCGAGGCUCAUCACCUGCGGGUCGGGCUUCUUCCGCUCCGUCGCCAUCCAGGUCUCGUUUACAAUACCGACGGAGCUGCACGCGCAUCUGCAGGACGACGAGGGCCUCGGCCCGACGCGCCUGAGGCGGGACCUCGCGGCCGUGACAGAGGAGGUCCAUGCCUGGUCCUGGCGCUGCAUGGAGGCGGGUGAGGUCAGCGUCAAGGGCUUCCUGAUGUCAGGCCUGAUGAUGGCCCAGACCAAGGUCCUCCAGAGCGGGGGAACAAUGGACGGGGACGAGCUCGCGAGAUUCCUGACCGAGGAGGGCGAGAAGGCUGCGGAGGGGUGCGUGCCGCUCCUGGAGGCCAUGGUGGAGAGGACCAAACAGAACGGGGACGGCGCGCCGGCCCUGGUGGACGAUUUGGGCCCGUCGCCGGGCUUGACGGAGGACUGGGACGUCACGCGUAUGACCGACGCAAUGUUCAUGCCUGAAGGUCAGGGUUCUAUGAGCUGGUUUGACACGGACACCAUGCCAGGCCUGUAUUUCUGGUGA